UGAGGCGGCUCGAUGCUGCUACGCUCACCGAAAAAUCCCAGAGACGAGCAGCGCGUUCGGUCGGUUGUCUGUGUGUGUCAGUGGGUGAACAGUGCGUAUGAGCAAUUUUCGGUGGCACUGAAGGAGGCCCAAAACGAACCGGUGGACCUUAAAGUUGUUGGGUAAACAACUGAAAGUCGGUUAAGCGUGGCGAGUAACGGGUUACGGAUUGAAUAAACAAGGCCAAGAGCGAAUGGAAUGUGCACAAACUGCAGAAAAAUACCAAGAAAAAGUUACACAAAUAUUCAACAAUAAAACAAGCCAAAAAUAAGCAUCAACAUCAACCGGAAAUCAACUAAAUUGUCGUCACUCCAAUCAAGUGGAAAUUUGAUUAAAAAAAGGAGAGAAGGGUGGCCAAAGGAAAAGAACUGAAGGGAGAGCAGAGGAAAAUUUGAUAAAUUCGAAAAAAGGCAAUAGACGAGUACGAGUGCGGAAGAAAAAUAGAGUGCGGGUCUAUCGAAAGGUAGCAGCAAAGGAAAUCAACACCCACGCACAUGAACGAGUUUGUUGCACGGGUGCGGCAAAACAUUAAAAAUCAGCGGAGCGUGAAACUUACACAAAGCUCGAAAAAAUCCAGAGUCCCACGUGAACAAAGCGAACGAAAAAUACAUAGCUACACUAAAAAUAAAAACAGAAAUACAACAGAGUAACGAAGUGAGAGAACAAAUUUUAGUGCAAAAAAUUAAAAGAUUUCACUGGGGGAACAACUAAGCCAGCUCUAGAAGAAAGGCGAACAACAAGGACGAGCCAGCUGACGGCCAGGACACAUAAACGUCUUUCCUCUGCUUUGGGCUAGCGCACGAAAUUAAGUGCAGAUUAUCAGAAGAUUAUAUUUUAAUAGCAUUUCAAGCUGUUUCCUUUGGCCAACAAAGGCGAGGCAGGACCUCCCCGAAAAGGAGUCCGCUGGAGGACGCCUGACCCCAGGACGAGUGUGUAUGUGUGUGCUACAAGUGCGGCUUAUUGCAUGAUUACCGCCAAGGAUUUUUUUCGGGCCUCCGUCGCCGGACUCUGUGCCUGCGAAUAGCUGGGCAAACAUAUAAGCGUGCCAGAAAUUGAAAUUAAAGAUGGAAUUAAGUGUCGCGAGUGUGUGUGUGCCGGCUUAACAAAUAUUAUGUGCUAGUGCCUGUGAGUGUUCCUACACUGUAUCCCCAAUAUCAAGCAUACGCCGUGUGGCCCACCCUAGGAAGCGAUGCGGAAAUAGCAACAGAAUUAACCCGGCAGAGAAAGGAGAAAUUGAGAAGAGAACCGGAGAACUGGAGAACUGGAGCGUGAGGCCCAACUAAACAGGAGAACUGACUUGCACUUCGUGAAGCCAAGUACACCUAAUAUUGGUUUACUCAAAGGACAAAGGGCGUUUUCAAGUUAUUAUAGACAAACAACCGGCGGCGACUAAGCCAAGUCUAUUAACAGGGCAAACAAAGCCAGGCCGCCAAAGAGAAACUGAUUGUAAAGAAGCGAAAAGAAUGUAGGCAGUCGAAAAAGGAAGAAAGUCGAAAAAGCUGGCAAUGAGAGGGCCAAGAACGCAAGGGGCGCGGGCCAGAAUUGAAACAGUUAGCUGGCAAAUCGGAUUGCGAAUCUGCUGUAUUGACACAAGGAAACCGUUAGCCGGCUUAGCCAGCAAGAGGGCAAAUUUAAAAUUAAGAAUAUAGCAAGCAAGCCCGUUUGAAAUCAAAGUGAUAUGCUAAUGCCCCAGUCGCGAAGGACUUGAAGUCGUGUGGCAUGAAUAUUUCAUGAGCGCAGGAGUGAUGACAAUAAGCCGGCUCCGGGAAUAAAAGAAGCGCAGAGUGAAAUCAGGACGAUGACGGAGCUAAGACGAGCUAAUGGCCUGCACAAGCAGCACUCCCUGAGAGAUCGACAGGUGCAUCCCAUGCUGCACGCCCUGGCGGAUCACGGCUGCAACCUGAGCAGCGGUGGCAACAGUGCGGCCAGCACCACCAGCAGUAGUACGGCCACGGCCACCACAGCACUUGGUGGUGCCGGCGGUUUGGGCGGUCUUGGUGGCCUGAACGGUGGUGCCGGCAUAACAAGUCAGCGGAGCGUGGAGUUCGAUGAGCACGACAUCUUCUACGUCUCACCAUCCAAGCGAAAAGGAGCCACUUCAGUAGGUUCCUCCGGCAAUGUUGUGACCUUCUCGAACUUUGUGAGUGAACAGCGCCUGACGCCCUCGUCGUCGAACCGCGGAUCCCUGAAGCGGAGCAAGGGCCGCUCCAAUCAGUCCCUGUGCAGCUGCGAUGCCGGCGACGAGGCCCAACUGGAUUUGCAACCGAAUGCGGCAAGGCCGCUGUACGAGUACAGUUUGGAACGAAAGCGUAAGACACACACCUACUCCUGCGAGCAGAAUGCGCAGAUACUUAUGAGACUGGAGCGCGAGCGUAAUCGUAAAUUAUCGCUGACUGGGAUGGAAACGGGAUUGGGAAUGGGACUGGGAGUGGGAUUGGGAAUGGGAUCUAGAGGAGGAACAGGAGGAGCCGGAGACCCCCAGAGCGACACGCCCAGCUUGUCGGAUGUGGAUGUGAUACCGCCUGUGCCACCACCCCCAUCAAUGAAGCGCAAUGGCAGCAUGCGCAGCCUGCGAUUGUUGCAACAUCUGCAGCAGCAGCAGCAGCAAAGCAGCCACAACAACAACUUGGCGCAGCUGUGCAGCAGCGAUCUGUUGCAGGAGUGCACUAAGUCUGCAUUGGAUGAGUGCACUGCCACAUUGCUCAAGUGCACCACGACCAGCAAUCACAGCAGCAGCAACAGCAAUGCGAGCAACAAUUGCAACAUCGCUGCCAGCAUUAGUCACAACAAUAACAAUCAGGUGAAGCCGGACCUCUGCCAGCCGCCCGGCCACGCCCACAACCAUAGGCACAAGCUGCACGGCAAUGCCACGCCCACGCGCACGCCUACGCCAACCACCACCAACCCGCCACCGCCCCCGCCCCCUUUCGACGCCCACGAGGAGGACGAGAUAUUCUCACCGCACUCGAAGAAAUCGGACCCCAGCCUGUGCUUCCUGCCGGGCGGUAACACAUCCUCGAAAUACAAUACGAUUGGGCCGAGCAGCGAUUAUGCACGGCAUUUGGCGCACUACAGUCGCUACCUGCAGAAGCAGCACCACCAGCAACAAAUGGCGCACUUUCAGCAGCAGCGCUGUCGCUGCUUCUCCCAAUCCUUGCUGAGUUUCCCGCAGCAACAGCAGCAACAUCAGCAGCAGCAGAUGCAACAUGCGGAGCAACAACAGCAGCACAAGGCAGCCCAGCAGCCGGCCAUCUUUCACACCAGCAGCAUGGACUGGUCGCUGCCAAUUAAUAGUCGCAGCUUUGGCAAUUUAGUGAACAUCGAUGGUUCCGGCGGUACUGGUGGUUGCCGUGUCCCGUACCAGAAAAUGCAUUCGGGAACCGCAGGAUCAGGUGGUGCAAUGGCAAACGGCUGCUUGGGACUGGCCGCCUCGUCCACAUUUACGCUCACAUCCUUCGACAGCGAUAUCGGACACGGGCUGAAAGAACGCGAGUCGCAGACAUCGCUCCAUCAUCCGCACACGCUUCCGCAUCCGCACACCCACUCGCAUCCGCAUACGCAUCAUUAUCACUCCCAUGUGGGUGGUGCAGCGGUGGGUGGUGCGGUCGGCGGAUCGGGUUCGGUGACGCCGCAGAAACACCACCAGCUCCACUCGAGCGUGACGAGCAUCAUGCCGUGGAAGCACCGCCAGUGUCCCAGCAGGGGAUCCUCCAGCUCCGGCACGAAUUCGUUCCGAUUCGAUGCAGCCAAGCACUGGCUGGCAGUGAGCUCCAUCCUCCUGAUAAUUGGCGCUGCCAGUGUGGCCGUGCCACUGGCGCUACGUGUGGCAGCAAGUGCACCCUUUGAGGAGCGUUUGCGAGUGGCUGUUCAGCUUCUGGAUCAAGUGCCUUUAAUCGACGGGCAUAACGACCUACCCUGGAAUAUUCGCAAGUUCCUGCACAACAAACUCAACGACUUCAAUUUUGAUGAGGAUUUGCGCAACGUAAUGCCCUGGGGUCGCAGCCAUUGGAGUCACACGGACCUCACGCGACUGAAGAAGGGACGCAUAUCAGCACAGUUCUGGGCGGCCUAUGUCCCCUGCGAAGCCCAGCAUCGAGAUGCAGUGCAACUGACUCUGGAGCAGAUCGAUGUAAUAAAGCGUCUGACGGAUCGGUAUUCGCCGCAGCUUACCACUUGCACUUCCGCACAGGACAUUAUCGAUGCCCACAAGAACCAGCAAUUGUGCUCCCUGACCGGCGUGGAGGGUGGUCAUUCCCUCGGGGGAUCCCUGGCCGUACUACGCACCCUGUAUGCCAUUGGGGUCCGCUAUAUGACGCUGACCUCAACCUGCCACACCCCCUGGGCGGACUCGAGCUAUGCGGACGCGCCGACCUUCAACAUGAAGCACGGCGGCCUCACCAUUUUCGGCAAGACAAUCAUCCGCGAAAUGAAUCGACUGGGAAUGAUGGUCGACCUGUCCCACGUCUCCAAGGGCACGAUGAGGGACGCCCUGGAGGUGAGCGAGGCACCUGUGAUAUUCUCGCACUCCUCCGCCUACGAGCUGUGCAACACGAGCCGAAACGUCCAGGACGACAUCCUGCAGGCGCUGGCCAAGAACGGCGGACUGGUCAUGGUCAACUUCUACUCGAAGUUCCUCUCCUGCAGUGACAACUCAACCGUGCACGAUGCAGUCGCGCAUAUUAAUCACAUUAAGCGAGUCGCAGGCAUCGAUCACGUUGGACUGGGCGCCGGCUACGACGGCAUUAAUUAUACGCCCAAAGGACUGGAGGAUGUGUCUUCAUAUCCGACUCUAUUUGCCGAACUCCUUGGCGGCGGUUGGACAAUUGACGAGCUGACGAAGCUGGCCGGCGGCAAUUUCCUCAGGGUCAUGCAGCAGGUGGAAAAGCUGAGGGAUGACAAAAAGGCAGCGGGCGUGAAACCCUUCGAGGAUCACCCGAACUUCCGCACGGACGACCCGUACAACUGUACGUCCAGCUAAUUGAGCAGCGGACCCAAACACACCGAGGUUGUACCGGAAAUGCCGGGGAAGCCCCCAAAAUCGUAGGAGAAAUCGAUUGAACUGCUGCUUCAGAUGUAUAGUGGAUAGACCUAUGUAGCAAAUUGAAAAGAACGUAAAUUUAACUAAUGAUAUAGAUACCUACGAUUCGUAUAAGCUUUAAAUACAUAUUUUUAAGAUACGUAAA